AUGUUAUUCUUCAGCUUCUUCAAGACCCUGAUCGACCACGAGGUGACGGUCGAGCUCAAGAACGACAUCCAGAUCCGUGGCACGCUCAAGAGCGUCGACCAGUACCUCAACAUCAAGCUGGACGAGAUCCAGGUCGUCGAGGAGAUCAAGUACCCGCACCUAAGCUCCGUCAAGAACGUCUUUAUCCGCGGCUCGGUCGUGAGAUAUGUCCACCUGCCCGCCAAUGCCGUAGACAUAGCGCUCCUGGAAGAUGCUACACGAAGAGAAGCCGCGAAUCAAGCCGGGAAGGGGAAGUGA